CCUCUUUUUGUUACUUUUUCAUCUAUUAUCGCCCCAGGUGCAACAUAAGGGAGAAACCCUAAUUCAUUUGGCAGAAACGAAGAAAAAAAAAAAACCAGACUUCUCUCUCCCUUCUUCGACGGCGCUGCAGCCUCCCCUGUCGAUCCAGCUUCUUGCGCAUGAACGGCUUCUUAAUCAUCCCCCUUAACGCGACGUCUUCAAUGCUCUUCGUGUACCCUAAGCUCCGAAUCGUAGUAUAUAUAGGUGUGAAGUUUCUUCUCUUCACCUCAUCCUCCCUUGCAAAGUAUUUACAUUAAUCCUCUAUUAUUUCGAGAUGGCUAACACCAGAGUCUUCUUCUCCGACCUGAAGUCCGGCCGGUGCAGCUCCUUCGUGGAGGCCAGGCUGCUCCGGUUCUGGGAGGCGAGGAACAUCAAGCGUGGUGGUGAAUUGAUGUGGGUCAACAUGCUUUUCGUCGAUGUUAACUCUACCAUGAUGCAAGCGAGUAUCAGUGCCAGCCGGCUCUCAAGGUUUCAGUCUAAGCUCGCCGCCGGAAAGAUGUUCUCUGUUUCCGGUUUUGAUGUGUCACGAUGUGCUAUGAAUUUCCGGUUAUCCGACUCUCCUCUGAUGUUCCGGUUUAAUGACACGACAAAGUUUGAGGAGUUGAUUGAACCGGUAUCGCCGUUGCCUCUGGAGUGCUUUCGUUUCCGCAAUCAGACCGAACUGGUGGGAUUAGCCAACACCAACACGCAGCUGCCAGACAUCAUCGGUGAGAUCACCUUGGUGAAGAGUACGGUGUGUGAUACGCCCGGAGAGAAGAAUCAUGUAAUGGCAACCAUCAGGCUUGAUAGUGAUACAACCGUCACUCUGAGUUUUUUCGACGCCCAAGCUGUAGCUUUCCACAGGAAGCUUGAAGACAUGAACGGUGAUCCGAGGGUGAUUGUUGCUACAAGCGUUAACCCAAAGAUGGUUGGAGGUACAGUGUUGACUGAUCCAAAAUUCAGUUGUUAUUAUAUCAUCGUUGUACUAACCAUGUUGGUCUCGAAGCAAGUUAAGCGGACUUUGCAUGAAGUUCCAAUCAUAAAGAGGAGAACAUAUGGGACAAACAUGAUCCUUAUCAUGCCACCAAGAUCAUGCAACCUUAAAGACAGAAAGAAGAGAUGCACAAAGUGCUUUUACUACAAGGAGAUGGAGAAAUUCCUCGAACUUGUGUACCGUGGCUAGGAUCACAAGACAAGAAGAAAAAAAUAAAACGCAUUCCAAUCCACGUUUAAAUUACAAAUGUUACCUUUCUAUUUUUCCUUUUACUGCAUUGUCUUGCAUCACUCCAUAUCUAAAUUUAAAUUAGCUGGUUCCAUAUC